CGCAGCGGGUCUGGAGGGACCGCUGCUGCGGGAAUGUAAAUGCAAGAGAAGGUUUGGGUGUCUAGGGUCCCAGGGGCAUAGUGGAGGCGGCUAGCCCCAGCAACCGCGGCUGCGGAACAUAUGGCGAGGGGAGGUGCACCACAGCUUUCACAUCCGGGGCCCUUGCAGCCCUGGCCUCCUGGCUUCAGUAGGUUCCUGAGGCUGGCUCAGUACUCUGUCUGCCAUGGCCCGGGGACUGCCCAGCACUGCCCGCUUGGCACGCUUUUGCCAGAAACUGAACCGUCUGAAGCCACUGGAAGAGUCUAGCACAGAGACAUCACUGCGGCGUUGCCUGUCCACACUGGACUUGACCCUACUGGGUGUGGGUGGCAUGGUGGGAUCUGGGCUCUAUGUGCUGACAGGCACAGUGGCCAAGGACAUGGCUGGCCCUGCUGUGCUCUUGUCCUUUUUGGUGGCCGCUGUAGCCUCCCUGCUGGCGGCACUAUGCUAUGCAGAGUUUGGAGCCCGCGUGCCCCGUACUGGCUCUGCAUACCUAUUCACCUACGUGUCCAUGGGGGAAAUAUGGGCAUUUCUCAUAGGCUGGAAUGUGCUUCUGGAAUACCUCAUUGGAGGUGCUGCUGUGGCCCGUGCCUGGAGUGGCUAUUUGGAUGCCAUCUUUAACCACAGCAUUCGCAACUUCACCGAGUCUCACAUGGGUGUCUGGCAGAUGCCCUUCCUAGCCCACUAUCCAGAUUUUCUGGCUGCUGGCAUUUUACUUGUGGCUUCUGCCUUUGUCUCCUGUGGAGCCCGAGUCUCCUCCUGGCUUAACCACACAUUCUCAGCCAUCAGUCUGAUCGUGAUCCUCUUCAUCAUCGUCCUGGGUUUCAUCCUGGCCCGUCCUCACAAUUGGAGCGCAGAAGAAGGUGGCUUUGCGCCCUUCGGCUUCUCUGGCAUCCUCGCUGGCACAGCCACCUGUUUCUAUGCCUUUGUGGGCUUCGAUGUCAUUGCCGCCUCCAGUGAGGAGGCCAAAAACCCACGGUGGGCCGUGCCCAUGGCCAUUGCCAUCUCGCUUGGCCUGGCAGCUGGUGCCUAUAUUCUGGUCUCCACUGUGCUGACCCUCAUGGUGCCUUGGCAUAGCCUGGACCCUGACUCGGCACUUGCUGAUGCUUUCUACAGGCGGGGCUACGGCUGGGCUGGCUUCAUUGUGGCAGUUGGUUCUAUCUGUGCCAUGAACACGGUCCUGCUCAGCAACCUCUUCUCCCUGCCGCGCAUUGUCUACGCCAUGGCUGCCGACGGGCUCUUCUUCCAGGUGUUCGCCCGUGUACACCCCCGGACACAGGUGCCUGUGGUGGGAAUCCUGGUGUUUGGGGUCCUUAUGGCUCUCCUGGCACUGCUGAUGGACCUCGAGGCACUGGUCCAGUUCCUAUCCAUCGGCACCCUGCUGGCCUAUACCUUUGUCGCCACCAGCAUCAUUGUGCUGCGUUUCCAGAAAGCUUCCCCACCCAGUUCCCCUUGCCCAGCCAGCCCCGGCCCCACAGUUAAGAAGUACGACUCCUUCUCGGACCAUAUACAGCUAGUAGAUGCUGUACAGGCUUCGAUGUCUGAGCCUGGGCAGCUGCGACCAGCCCUGAAGCCCUUCCUGGGCUUCCUGGAUGGACUCAGCCCUGGAACUGCUGUGGCCUGGGCGCUGGGCGUCUUGAUAGCCUCAGCUAUCUCCCUGGCGUGUGUGCUAGUCUUCGGGAACUCAGCCCUGCACCUCCCACAGUGGGGCUAUGUCUUGCUGCUGGUCGUCAGUGGUGCUGUCUUUCUGUCCAGCCUCCUGGUCCUGGGGGCUCACCAGCAGCAAAAGAAGCAAGACACUUUCCAGAUCCCUUUGGUGCCCCUGACUCCAGCCCUGAGCAUCCUGCUCAACCUUUGCCUCAUGCUGAAGCUCAGCUACCUGACCUGGCUGCGUUUUAUCUUCUGGCUGCUGGUCGGACUCGUCGUGUAUUUUGGCUACGGCAUCUGGCACAGCAAGGAGAACCAGAGGGAGCCAUUGGAGCUGACUACUGCACACUACGUGGUAUUCCCCAGCGGCAGCCUGGAGGAAACCGUGCAAGCUGUGCAGCCUGAUAGCCAGACACCAGUCCAGGGACCAGGCUGUACCGAGUAGCUGGCCAUGGAGUCUGGCUCAUGGAGGCCCCCCACAACCCUAACAUCCAGAGGCUGGAAGAAUUGGCAGCUGCCUACUCAAGGAAGCUUGGGUCUGAAGCCUGCCCAGACUGGGCUGGGAGUGUUCUCAGAGCCUGAACACAGGAACUGAGUCUUCAGCUAUCAAUAGGCCAUGGCUAGAGCUGGGGCGCACUCUUCGUCCGCUGCCUUCCUGUUUAUGAUUAACUCUGGAUACCUGGGCAGGUGGGGCAGAGUGAGCAGGGAAGCGCCUUCAGCCCCUGAGACGCAGAAUAAUAACUAAUCAGCUAGUUUGUGACCAGCUGUCAUGUACACUGUGGUAUUCUUCAUAUCACCGAGUUCUCACCUGCCUGGAGAACCAAGCGAUUAUCCCUAGUCCACAGCAGAGAUACAGAAGGUCUGCCGAGGUCCCUCUAAGGAGGAAAGUUUCAUGCAUGAUGGGAACAGGGGCAUGUGACAAGACAGGAACAGAUUUCUGACAUGUCUUCAGCAAAGAUGUACAUGUGUGUUCGUGUGUGUGUGCGUAUGUGUGUAUUUGUGCAUGUGAGUGUGGGUGCAUGUGUGCAUGUGCAUAUGUGCACAUGUGUGUGUAUAUGUGAGUGUGUGCAUGCAAGUGCAUGUGUGCGUGCAUGUGUGUGUGCAUGUGUGGGUAUGUGUGUGGUACUUGAGCUAGGAGUCAGGGCCUUGAGAUUGUUAGACAAGCAUUCUACUACUGACGUAGAGCCCCCCAGAUCCCUGACAUGCCCUCUAGCAGGGAAUAGAUCACAAUCUGGACUCAGAAUAGGUAACUAAAAAGGCAUUGGUAUCAGAAUCUUUUGAUUUUUCUGGGCUCCCAAGGCUCAAAACAUGUGCCCAAGGUCUGCCUAGGGACGUGGAAAUGCACUGAACAAGCACAUGCCCCCAAGACACUCUCCCCUGCACAUUCCUGCUGGCCCAGGCAGCCACCCUUGCAGUACACACUAUGUACAGACCGACUUAA